UGCCAUUCGAUUUAUACCCCGGUCUUAGGGUUUGGCCACUCCCGACUCCCUCGGCUGCCUCCCGCAGCCGCCCGCUGCUCCGGUCCUUCCGAACGCUGGCCUGUUCUUCCCUGCCUUUGGCCCAUUCGUCAGGCGGCCCCUCCGCAGGCGACGCAGGCGCGGUCACGACGGCGCGUGGCCCCGACUACGUAGACAGCUAACCGGUCUCCGCCUCCGGCCCUUCUCCUGUCGCCCGAUUGAGUCGCUGCUGCAACUGCCAACUUCACCCCCGGCGAGCUCACCACAGUCUUCCGGAAAGGUGCUAUCAAUUUGGAAGAUGGCAGAUGAGGAGCAGGCCCCAAGCUCUAGGAAAAGGGUUGCAGGUACUCAAAUCAACAAGGAUAAUCCGGAACCUGAUGAUGAAGGAACAGAACAAGAGAUGGGUACAUUUAAGAAAGCUACUGAAGAAGUUAUGGCAACACGGAGGAUUGUAAAGGUUCGGCGCCAGCAGACGUCAUCAGCUUCUUCUAACCCUUUCUCUGCAAUCAGAUUUGCCCCCACUGAUUCUAGUGCUCAAACAAGUGCUCCUGUCCCAGAGGUCCAACCUUCAGAUGUCAAAGUUGACGAGGGAAGCAAUGGUAGCGGGAAAGAUACUUUGUCUCUGCCCGACAAGACUGCUGGCUCUGGGGUAAAUACGGACUCUAGUGCCUCAACUGAAGCACCACCUCAGCCUGUUGAAACCAGUGACAAGGCAGAAGACACAAAGGACGAAUCUAGUGGAGACAAAGUGGUAGUUGGAGAACCCAAUGAAGGCAGUUGCAUGCCAUCUGAAGUUGAGGGCAAAACAAAAGAGGGAGAUGCUGAAGAAAAGGAAAGGACAGAUGAAGCUGGAAAUAUCGAUAAAAUUAGCAAGGAUGACACUGGGAAGAAAGAUGGAGAUGACACUGAGAAGAAAGAUGGAGGUGAUGAUACUGGAGGUGAAUCAGAGCAGAAAGGGCAAACACCAUCAGCAACACCCCUUUUCUCGUUUAAGAAUCUGUCAAGUGGUCAAAAUGCUUUCACAGGUCUGACCGGAACUGGAUUUUCAAGCACAUCAUUCUCGUUUGGCUCAGCCUCUAAAGAUGGCUCAAGUGCUGGUCCCCUAUUUGGGCUGAAAGCUGAUGGUUCUUCGUUCCCUUCUUUUAAUCUUGGUGCUGCCACCAAUGGGGGUUCUGCCACAGCUCUUGCUACUUCAGCAGAGGCACCCAAGAUGUUUGCUAUGACAGAGGGCCCUGUCGAAACCGGUGAAGAAAAUGAGAAGGCUGUAUUCAGCGCUGAUUCUGCUUUGUACGAGUACUUAGAUGGGGGCUGGAAAGAAAGAGGAAAAGGUGAACUGAAGCUGAACGUCCCCGUAUCUGGGGGCGAGCGAGCCCGGCUCGUCAUGAGGACAAAAGGCAACUACCGGCUGGUCCUGAAUGCAAGCCUCUACAACGACAUGUCGCUCAAGGACAUGGACAAGAAGGGCGUGACAUUUGCCUGUAUGAACAGCAUUGGGGAGUCGCCGAGCAGCCUCGCUACAUUUGCUCUGAAGUUCAAGGACACGGCCACCAGGGAGGAAUUCAAGGAUGCGGUGGAGUCUCACAAGACAAGCAAGGCACAGGAACUGCCGCUGAAGACGCCCGAGAACUCUCCGAAGGCAGCAGAAGUCUGAAGCCGCACCCGAGUCACGCUUGCUCGUGUCUUUUGUACGUGUCCAGGAAGGAAGGAACUGAGAGAGUUUCUGUUGUUGCGGAGUUUUUAAGAAUGUCGCGUCAUGACAUAUGAUGUCCUGAGUUGUAUUUUGCGUACGGGUUCCCUGGUGCUGUUUUUGGGAACUUACCAUUACUACAGGCGCAUAAUCUUGGGAUCCUGGACAAGGGACUCGUUUUAUCUAUUUGCUCGUCUUGUGCUCCGUUAUGUUCUAUCGGUUAAGUUGCGCGUGACGCUAUUAUGUCAUGAAUAAAUGUAUGCAAUUAUAC